UGCACCAGGAAGAGCGUUGCCAGCAGGGCGAGGUAGAGGAUCCUGCCCUUCUGCUCGGCUCCAGUGAGCCCACAUCUGGAGUGUUCUGUCCAGGACAGGAGAGACAUGGAGCUCCUGGAGCGGGUCCAGCGGAGAGCAGCGAAAAUGAUUAAGUGACUGAUCUUCGUUAGGUAGAAGGGCUGAGGAAGCUGGGCCUGUUCAGCCUCGAGAAGAGGAAAGUACAGAUAAAAAUGGGAAAAAGGUGUCUUUCCAGACUGACAGUGCUGCCUAAUGCCACAACAUGCAGAUGGAAGCAUUUCUAUGUGUGAAGGACUGAAUUAAGUAAGAAGUGAUUGCCGUGUGAAGGCAGCAGGAAAAAGAGGAAUUGCUAAGGAAUUGGAAGAAAUAACAAGGUUUCACAAAAUGAGGCUGUGAAUCAAUGGAUGGAUGCUAACACUGAGAAGUCAAGGAUUAAAGGUUCUCAGGCAUUUCUGUAGCAUGGACCGCAUCUUAAUCCAAGGAAGUGUCUUUCAAAUCUCAUGUGCAGAAAGUCAAUUCCUCCAGUCCUUUGGUGUUGGAAGUAAAAUGCAAUCAGCAGUGUAGCUAAGGCUUGGUGUUAUCGUCUUUGGCGUGCCCACAGGCACUUUAUUGCCCCUUCACUUGCCCAUCUAAAAUAUGUAGUUUCCGGCAUGCUACAGGUAAAUUUUAACAAAGGCAAAAGGGCCUCCAGUCUUUGGAAAGAGUUUGAAAAACUAGUACCUGGAUGUUUCUGAGCGUUGUUCUGCUUCUAGCUGUUCAGCAUGUCUUGGCUGCUCCAGAUCUGCACACUCUGACCAUGAGCAGCAAUUCCUCCCUCAGCAAUGGGAAGGGCCUGAGGAACCUGACCACAGAGGAAGAUGGGGCAGUCAGAGUCACUGAGUCCAUUGCUAUAAUUGUCAUUGCCAUCUUCAUCUGUUUGGGCAACCUGGUGAUUGUUGUCACUCUGUAUCGCAAGUCGUACCUUCUCACCUUGAGCAACAAGUUUGUGUUCAGCCUGACCCUCUCCAACUUUCUACUCUCCGUGCUGGUGCUGCCUUUUGUUGUGACCAGCUCCAUCAGGCGAGAAUGGAUCUUCGGGGUUGUUUGGUGCAAUUUCUCAGCCCUGCUCUACAUGCUGAUCAGCUCAGCCAGCAUGCUCACUCUGGGACUCAUAGCUAUAGACCGGUACUACGCUGUGCUGUACCCGAUGGUUUAUCCGAUGAAGAUAACGGGCAACAGAGCAGUGGUAGCUCUUGUGUACGUGUGGCUGCACUCCCUUAUCGGCUGCCUCCCUCCCCUUUUUGGCUGGUCCUCCUUGGAGUUUGACCAAUUCAAGUGGAUGUGUGUGGCAGCCUGGCACAAGGAGGUUGCCUACACAGCCUUUUGGCAGAUCUGGUGUGCGCUGCUGCCAUUCGUGGUCAUGAUGAUUUGCUACGGAUUCAUAUUCCGUGUGGCAAGGAUUAAGGCCCGCAAAAUUCACUGUGGGAGUGUUGUCAUUGUGGAGGAGGACUCGCAGAGGAAUGGGAGGAAGAACUCUAGCACCUCCACGUCAUCCUCUGGCAGCCGAAGGAACGCUUUCCAAGGGGUUGUUUACUCAGCCAACCAGUGCAAAGCUUUCAUAACCAUCUUGGUUGUCAUUGGGGCUUUCAUCAUUACGUGGGGACCUUACAUGGUAGUAAUAACAUCAGAGGCACUUUGGGGUAAAAACAGUAUUUCCCCUGCUUUGGAGACAUUGGCUACAUGGCUGUCCUUUUCCAGUGCCAUUUGCCAUCCGCUAAUUUAUGGGCUGUGGAACAAAACGGUGCGCAAGGAACUCCUGGGAAUGUGCUUUGGGGAUCGGUAUUACCGCAAGUCCUUUGUUCAGCAGCACAGAACAUCGAGGCUCUUCAGCAUUUCCAACAGGAUCACAGAUUUGGGACUAUCUCCUCACCUUACUGCCCUCAUGGCAGGUGGGAGGCCAUUGGGAAACAGCAGCAGCACAGGAGAUACAGGUUUCAGCUGCUCACAGGAUUCAGGAACAGAUACAAUGCUUCUUGAAGAUUAUAGCUCAGAUGGCCCUCAUGCCCCACACUGCAUCUGUCCUCCUCGAAGGAGGAGUUCAGUGACAUUUGAAGAUGAAGUGGAACAAAUCAAAGGUGAGUGUAGGGAGGCUGCAAAGAAUUCUGUUCUUCAUGUAAAAGCUGAAGUGCAUAAAUCUCUGGACAGUUAUGCAGCCAGUCUGGCCCGAGCUAUAGAAGCUGAUGUGAAACUCAGCCUGUUUGGGGAAGAUGCUUUACCAGGAGCCCUGUUCCCCUCAUGGACUCUGGCAGGAAGCAGUGGGAACAUCCGGCGUGGUGCCAGGCCCCAUGCCAGCCAAAGACUGAAGCUGCAGAGCAUCGAUGAAGGGAACAUUUGACACGAGCACUGGCGUGGGAAAACAGAAUGAAACCACUAAGCAGGUCCUACUGCAGCUGGUAGUGUUUCACCAGAACCAGGACACCUUGUCAGAAUAUUUCCAGUGUUUUUUCACACGGAAAUAACUGUGUUCUGGUACUUGCAUUAGCAUUUUACAGCAGUGUUUGUUUACUGGUUGGGGUGCUACUGACUCUUCUGCACAUCAUUAUCACACAGCACAUAAGGAAAGCAGGGCUUGGUUUCAUUGACCACAUCAAUAGUCAGUUGAAUCUUGGGUCCAAUGGCCAAAGCUGAUACCAGAACAAAACAGAAAAGGUAUGUGCAGUGUUUAAUUCAUUGUUACAUCCAUCCUUUUCUGACCACCAAGAUAAUCAGCUGAUACUUGAUAGCUGUAGUGUUCCGUUAGGAGCUUGUACGUUGGAUAAGACAUAAAGCCUUACUCCCAGCUGAGCAACGUGGACUUCACUAAACACAAACCCUGAACUUUUCCCAGAGCUCAUGCAGAUUAUGGUCCUACUUACCUUUGCUGGGGGAUAUUUCUGUCUGUUCAGCCAUCAGAAUGCCAUAUCUGACAUUGGACUGUGUUUUGCUUCAGUGGCAUAGAGCACCAGCUCCUCUGGAUGUAAUGAAUGGGAAUAAACAUGUGCUGGGAACAGCA